CUUUGUCAAAUAAGGAAUAAUAAUUCAUUAGCAUUGACUGAUUUUUUUUUUUAGUUAUAAUAUUUUUAUUUUACAUUGAAUUAAAAAAAGUUCCAAGUUGUCACUGGUAACCUUUUUAUAAACUCUUAAUGGUCUGUCAAUCGAAAACAUUAGAUAAUUUGGGUAGUAAAAUCUAUACAUGAAUUUUCACAAAGAUAAUGAGUAUGUUAACAGUAAUGUCACUUAUAUUAUUGUCUGACAGUUAUAAUGAAUAAAGUAUCAAAUAUGAGUUUGUAAAUAUAUGUAAACUACUACAAAAUUAAUAUGUCUAUUUUGCCAGAAAAAGAGCCUUUAAAAUUUGAUUUAAACCUUAGUGGAGCCCCAGAAGAGAUUAUUCAUUUGGUUGACAGCAUAAAAAAUGUAGGACAACAAUUUUUAUAUCACUGGAAAACAUUUCCUAUUGUUUUACCUCCUACAGCUAUUGCAACAAUUGAAACGGAAAAUGAUUCAACUCAUCAAUCUGGACCAGAAUCUUAUUGCACAAUUUCCAAAUGUAGUUAUUCCGCUUAUCGUACUAUUAAUUGUCGUGACUUAUUUAUACCUCCAUCAUUUGAUGAGCUAGAUGCAGUAGCAGUUAAUAAUAAAGGAGAUAUUAAACAUUUAAAUUCUAAGCAAUUGGAAUCAUUACGAGAAAGAGGUCUGGACAAGGAUAUUCAUGGAAAACCAAAGAAAUUAAACUCAAAACAAUUGGAAUGUAUACGUAAAUUAGGUGAAUUUGAGGUACCAAGUAUCAAUUUUAUUGGCCAAAUACACAAGUGGAGAUUAACCGAAUGGUUACAAAAGGGUACAGAAAGAAAUCGUGAAAGUCUUCUUGAUGAUUUAGCUUUAGCAUUACGGUUUUUAUUAGUAACAGCUAAAGCAAGACUAAGUUCACAUUUUUUUAGUGUUACAGAAUCUCUAAAAGCCACUUUAAAUGGUAUCAUAAAAUUAUUAGAUAUUAUGUUUGGUGUACCUUCUCUUCAAGCUCAUAAUUUAGCUGAAAAAUUGAGAGAAGAGCGCUGUAGGUAUCUAGUUGCCGAACUCAUUUGUCGACCUGAACAAGAAGAUGCCUUAGAUCACCUAAUAAAUUUUAUCCGAAAACAAUUGCGGCGAGCAGCUACUGAAAAAUUUGAACCAUCAAAAGAAGUAAUAUGCCCAAAGACAGCAAUUCCAUAUCAGUUUUUUACGCCUAAACGAGAAGAAAUUGACUUGAGUCUUUUUAAUCGAGAUAUAAUGAAAAAAGGAUUGCCUAUAUUGAUGACAUUAUUAGAACGGGAAACUCGUGGCUGGUUUUUACAUUUUCGUGAAAAACUUAUAUAUGAAUAUAAAGCUCAAAAAUUAAGUGAUGAAGAUGUUGAAAAAGCCGUUAAUGAAGCAGUGAUGAAAGAAUAUUUAGAACGUGUUUAUAAGAGUAUCAUGAAUAAUGAUGAAUUAAAAAUGUUGGGCAAUAACAUUCCAAAACUUUUAAUAAAUCAAGCACAGUGUGUUGUUUUAAUGCACAGGGCAGUGGAAAAUGUACAAAGAAAAAUAAUCAAACAAAAAAAUACAUUAAAUCAACGAAUGCAAUAUACAUAUCCUGUUUUAUCACGCAUUGGACCAUGGAUUAGAGAAAAACAAAGAGUUGCUGAGGAGAGAUUUAUUCAAGAAUGUCAGUGGAGUGCUCAUGAAGAAGCUUUAACACUCUGCAAAGAAUAUAAGUUACAUCAGGCUGUUUAUUUUUUACAGAGAGAUUUAACUUUUAUGAGAGAGAGAGAACCUGUGUUGGUGAAAGAACUUAAAAAUGUAAAAAUAUCAACCAGAACUUUUUAUUGGCUUACACAAAUUUGGCGACCAAAUAAUUGGAUUGUUAGAAGAUCAUUCCAAGGCCAAUCUGAAAUUAUACCAACUGUGUUGAGUUCAACAGCAACAGCUAUAACAACACCUCGUUCUAAUCCUAGUCAAGCAGUUUUUUUAUUAGAAAGAGAAACUACUAGAACUACAUCUACAAGAUGGCCUUUCUGGAGAGUUAUUAGUUAUUUUUUUAGAACUUGGACAUGGACAUGGAAUGCAAUGUUCUUUUUUGGUAUAAUAAUACCUUGGUGUAGUCCUGUUAGUUUACGCUCCUUAUUUUGUUCUGAAGCAUUUUUCCCUGAUUUAGAGCUAUCUCAAAUUAAUGGAACCUUAUUUCCUAGAAAAUCAUCACUUACUUCAACACUUUUUUCAAGAUUAAAUUCAUUAUGGCGACAUAUUUCAAAGAGUAGAACUCAUUUUGAAACUAAACCAGAUACUGGAUUUAUUGGAAAAGGAAUGACUAGACACAUAAAUCGUUUUUGGAACUACUUAAUUAAAGGAAUUAUAGGCACAUUAUCUAUGUUAAUAUUAUUUCCAGUCAUCUGUCUUUUGUGUAGCUUCGGUAGCUUAAUUAUUGCUUUAUUGUGCCCAUUAUGGAUACCUAUUAUUACUCUAUUAAUUCAUAUAUUUAAUGGAUUAAUCUAUGAUUUAGACUGUCCUGCUGAGUGGAAAAAUAGAUAUUUUGUCAUACUAGAGGCUUUAUUGUGGAAUAUAGUAAUACAAGGUUUCAUACAACCUGUUCUUGCUUGUACAAUUGCCUUCAUAUUUUGUCCAAUUGCUACAUUUAUUUUAAUUAUUGGAGCUAUUGUAAGGUAUUGGUUUCGUAUAGCUUGGGAUAGUCUUAUAUUUCAUCUUCUAAUAAAGAAAAGAGGGAGGGUGCCAGCGUGUGAUAGUUUUAUAGUUAAACGUAUUGCUGGACCUGGUAUGGCUACUGAUUAUUUUUAUCAAAUUCAACCAGAACAAGCGUUGGCUGCAUUAGAAGCUAAAAUGGAACUAGAUGAGUUAAAUGCAUUUCAACAACUUAUGGAACAAAAAAUUCAUCAACCACAAAAGGAUUUUGCUCAAUUUGUUGAAGUUUGUUUUGGACCCUUCAGUGCACAUUUAGCAAAAAAUGGAGCUUAUCGUGUUCUUGAAAAAGAAUCUCAAGAUCUGAUGUCAACACUUCAAGAUAAACUUGAAAGGCGUUUACGAGAAUUACAGACUGGACUUUCAGCAAAUUUACGAUCAAAAAUUAGGUUAUCUUCAAAUGAUCUUAAAGUAACAAUUGCAAUAGCAUCAAAAAUGUUAGAAUUCUGGUACCCAAGACAUGUAAUUAUAAAAUUAUCAAUAUGCGAAGAAGAAUUUUGGGAAUCCAAAGGAUUGAGUGUUAAUGAUUGGUCAUCACUUGCUAUAGUGUUUUUAACUGAUAUUUUUAGUCUAGAUUUUUUCACACCUUUAGAUGAUGCAGACACUAAAUUUAAAUUAAAAACUGAUAAUAAUGUAGAUCUAUCUAGAUUUACUAAUAUAAUUCAGAAUACUGUAAUAAAUGAUCAAAAUUCUGAAAUUUUGGGUCCCUUAUAUUCAUCAAGAGGCAAUAUUAAAAUACAGUCUCCUUACCUAGAUGUUACAGUAUUCAAUCCUCGCUCAAAAGUAUUGCAUCAUAAAUUUAAGAAAUUAGAUAAUACUAGAAGCAGCUUUACUCGCACAAUAUUAUUUGGUGGAUGUUUUAAAAAUGGAUUUUUUAAUUCUAAAUUAUACUCUAAAAAUAAUUCCAUUAAAUUAAAUCUUCAAAAUGCUACUCGACUUUGGAAGAAAAGUCAUAAAAUGUACAUGGCUGAUAAGUUAUGCAUACCGUUACUUAUUCCUCAUCCUGUUCAUAUUGCUCUUAUAAUUUACAAUAGAGAUACUGAAAAUCCUAUUUCUUUAGAAUCUGACAAUUGUAAUUCUAUUUUGAGAGCUUUGGAAGAUCAUUGUGUAGAUCUUCUGUUUGCAGAAUAUAUUCCUGCCAGUAAUUUUGAUAGUACAGAAUCUCAUAGUUCAUUAACAUCGGGAACUAUUGAGCAAGAAGAACAAAUAAUUAAUACUUAUAACUGGCAACAUGAUGAUUGGAUGUUAAGAGCUGAACAAACAGGUGCAAUACGUGUAGAAUUAGCUUCACCAGAAGAUAUAAGUUUAGAUUCUGAAUCCACUCGAGUUGUUUUCGGUUCUUUGGGAACAACAGUAUGACUGAUUAGACUAUAUAUCAAUGAAUUCAUGACAAAUGAUCAAUUAAAAAAUUAAUUUAAUAAUUGUUAAACACCAAUUAUUUAUCAAAAUAUACUAUUUGUUAUUUAAUUUUGAAUAACCUAACUAGAAAAUAAUUUUAUAGUAAAAACAACUCCUAUUUUGUGCUUCAUAUUUUAACUUCUUAUUAAUAUAUUGUAUGUUGUAUUUUUUAUGUGUAUCCUCGCAAUUUUACUAUACACGCUGUUAACUUAUUAUACUCUAGUCAUUAAUAUUUCAAUAUUAACUAUUUUCAUUAUUAAUUUCUUCUUUCUAUUUCGACUCUAACUCCCGAGUAUAUAGAAUGAUUAAAAAAAAAUAAUUUUUGGUUGUACAAUCUUUUAUUGUAUCAUUCAAGCUCAUAUACAACUUUUAUUGUAUAUGUCAAAAAUUUUAAUUAUGGUUUUUUUUAAAUCUUAAAAAAAAAUGUUAGUUUAUUUUUUUAAUAUAUAUUAUUUACUAUUUUAUUUCUAAAAUUGUAUUAAAUUUUUAAGUUUAUUGUUAAAAUUAGUUUAUUUCAAUAUGAUUUUUAUUAAAAUGUAUAUUUUUUAAUUUUAACAUAAGAUAACAGUGUAAGAUAAAAGUAAUUUUAUAAUAAUCUAUCAGAUUAAUAGCCAUAAAGGCUCAGCUUUUAGCUUUAACUUAAUGUACCUUGAUUUUUAUGGUUGUGACCUAUUACUAUUUACAUCAGAUUACUUACUAAUUAUUAUUAUAUUAUUAUUAUAAUAGACUGUCUAAAAUUUAUCAACUUGUAUAAAAACCUAUUUGUUGGUCUUUAUAUAUAUAUUUUAAAUUAUUACAACUUAACUAGUUAUCCAAUUAUUAAUCUUUAAUAUUGGAUGACUUCAUAAAAAACAACACUACUUGUAGACUUAACAAAUACAUUAUUUUAAAUGUAAUUUUUUUUUAAUAACUUGUAAAAUUUAUUUCAUGCACAUAAAACUAAAAGCUAUUUUUGAAAAAAUAGCAUAUCUUUAAUGCAAUGUUGUGCUUUAAAUAAUAUACUAUUAUGAAACAAA